CGUUUACUCUGGUAAGAGAUCUGCACUGGAAACGUCACCGAAGCCUUCCCAGCAUCCCACUGUGGCCUGCCGCACAGUUACACUUAACUUUCACAUAAGGAAGUACUUGUAAUACCUGCACAGCCAGUCACCGGGCUCAAUGAAGGAUGCCAGUGUGGGGACAUUCGAAUGUGCCAGCGUCCUCAUUCUACAGUGUGUUCAGUUCUUUUGCAAUCUCAGCAAAAAUGGUAUCAAAAGAAAGUAUUUUGUGAAAUAAGAAGCUCCUUUUAUAUUUUUAAUGAUGAACCUGUCUUAAGAUGGACAUCUGUUCUAUAGAAUGUAAAGUUCUAUGGUCUCAAAGAAGCAAAUGCCUGUUUAACACUGAUUCUAAAUAAAAAUGGACAUCAGAAUGUUUGUUAGUGGCAGAAGAGUGAAAAAAUGGCAGUUUGUCCACUUAUGUGCCACUUGUUUUAUACUGAGCCUCAUGGUUUUUUGGGGACCAUUUGAUAAUCACAUUGUGAGCCACAUGAAAUCCUACUCAUACAGAUACCUCAUAAAUAGCUAUAACUUUGUGAAUGAGAGCCUGUCUCUUAAGCACAGCGAGGAAGGAGCUACUCGUUACAAAUACUUGAUUAACCACAAGGAGAAGUGUCAAUCACAAGGCGUCCUCCUCUUAUUGUUUGUAAAGACUGCUCCUGAAAACUACAAUCGACGUUCUGCAAUUAGGAAAACGUGGGGCAAUGAGAAGUAUGUUCAGUCUCAACUUAAUGCCACCAUCAAAACUCUGUUUGCCUUAGGAGUACCUUCUAAUCCACUGACAAGAGAGGACCUACAAAAGAAACUGUUUCAGGAAGACCAAGUGUACAAUGAUAUAAUUCAGCAAGACUUUGCCGAUUCUUUCUAUAAUCUUACUCUGAAAUUACUUAUGCAGUUCAGUUGGGCAAAUACCUUUUGUCCACAUGCCAAAUUCCUUAUGACUGCUGAUGAUGACAUAUUUAUUCACAUGCCAAAUCUUAUUGAAUACCUCCAAAGUUUAGAACAAAUUGGUGUUCAAGACUUUUGGAUUGGUCGUGUUCAUCGUGGGGCACCUCCUGUUAGAGACAAACGCAGCAAAUACUAUGUCUCCUAUGAAAUGUACCAGUGGCCAGCUUACCCUGACUAUACUGCUGGAGCUGCCUACGUGAUCUCUAAUGAUGUAGCUGCCAAAGUCUAUGAGGCCUCACAGACACUUAAUUCUAGUCUUUACAUAGAUGAUGUGUUCAUGGGCCUCUGUGCCAAUAAAAUGGGGAUAGUACCACAAUACCAUGUGUUUUUCUCUGGGGAAGGUAAAACUCCUUAUCAUCCCUGCAUUUACAAUAAAAUGAUGACAUCUCAUGGACAUGUACAAGAUCUUCAGGACCUUUGGGAGGAUGCCACAGACCCUAAAGUAAAAACAAUUUCAAAAGGUUUUUUUGGCCAGAUAUACUGCAGGAUAAUUAAAAUAGCUCUCCUUUGUAGAUUAACCUAUGUGGACACAUAUCCUUGUAGGGCUGCUUUUGCCUAAUAGUACUUGAAUGUUGUAUGUUUUCACUGUCACUGAGCCAAACCUGAAUGAAAAACCUU